AUGGAGUGGGAAGUCAUAGCUUCUCGUCACAGAGAGAAGCAACAAGCUUCGAUACCCCAAGAAUGGGUGUUGUCAGACCAGAAGCUUCAAGAGCUUCGAGGUGCUGGAACACCCAAGGAGGGUCAGUUGAACGCUCUCGAUGUUGCACGAAAGUCAGGACUAUUCACGAAUAGCGAACUUGAAAUCACCGAGUCUUACAGUGCAAAGGAACUCCUGGGCAAGAUCCAUGCCGGAAAGCUCACCUCUGAGGAAGUCACAGUAGCAUUCUGCAAGCGGGCGGCUCUGGCGCAACAGCUUAGACAGGACUCCUUCAAAGUAAAAGGUCAUCAUGCCACGGUCGGCUAUGUUGAGUUCCUCAAGCGGCCUCCACCAACGACAAAUUCGGCGAUGGUUGCCCUUUUGCUGGACGCGGGAGCUACCGCAGACUCUGAGAACAACAUCUUUGGCAGAACCCUGAAUCCGCACAAGACCUCCCUCACAGCUGGCGGCUCAACAGGUGGGGAGGGUGCUCUCGUAUCGUUCCGCGGCUCUGUUCUCGGCGUCGGUACCGAUAUCGCAGGCUCCAUUAGAAUCCCGUCCCUGUGCUGCGGCAUCUACGGCUUCAAACCGACAGCCGAUCGGACGCCUUUUGGGGGCCAGUCAAACUACCCAUUCCCAAAGGUCCACCUGCCUGGUGUGGUGCCCGUGGCGGGCCCCAUGGCGAAUUCAGUCGACGAUCUGUUCUUGUUCAUGGAAACUGUGCUCUCGCAGAACCCAUGGAGAUAUGACGCCUCCGCAAUCGCCGCACCGUGGAGUGCUCCCAAAUCUGGCAACGCCAAACAUUUGACAGUUGGAGUACUUCCGGAAGACCCGGAGUAUCCCAUGCACCCCCCCGUUCGUCGAGCCCUCGAGGACGCAGUCUCCGCUUUGCUGAAGGCGGGACACAAGGUCAUCAGGCUGCCGCAAGAUCCUGACUGUAGCGCCGGACUUGGCGGAAGAUUGGGAUUCCAGUACUUCUUCAUGACUUCAGAUGGCUUGGACGUCCUCGCAAACGAGAUCGGGGAACCUCUCGUCCCUUCCGUGAAGCGAGGGGUGCAUCCCUUCACGAAGACGAAGCCUCCGGUUUCUGCAGAUAAGCCUGUUGCACACCAGCUCAGCGAUUUUCUCGGUCUCCGUGAUGCCUAUGCCGAUAGCUGGCGAAAGACGUGGCGAGAACAUGGACUCGAUGUCGUUAUCGGGCCAGGAGCCAUCAGUACCUCUGUGCCCCACGACACGUAUGGUAACCCAGUUUACACAUUGAUGUGGAAUGUGUUGGAUUAUCCUGCUGGUAUCAUCCCGUACGGCUUUGCAUCUAAGGAGAAGGACCCCUCGCCCGAGAAGGCUGUGGCGGAAUUUGAGGCAGACUGUGAGUUUGAGAGGCCCUAA